AUGCGUGUCGCAACAGUCGCCAAUUUUCUGGCCUCGGCCUCUUUGGCCAUUGCAUUCGAUUGGCAGCAGGUUCUUGGAGAUUGGGAUCAAGAGCCUACCUCCGACGCUAUCGCUAGCAACGACGAUGCGCCCUCGUACCGAUCCGAACUGCUGAGCUUGCACAAGUCUCUGGUUGAGACCUCCUCGGUUUCUGGGACGGAGCAUGAUGUGGGAGUUUGGCUUGAGGGGUAUCUUGAGAAGAAGGGAUAUACUACUGCGCGUCAGGAAGUUGAGCCCUUUGAGAAUACGCCGGAGGGAAAGCCGAGGUUCAAUGUGUUGGCUUGGCGACAGGAUGGAAAGAAGACCUUCGAUCCUAAGGUCUGUGUGAGCAGUCACAUUGACGUUGUUCCGCCGCAUAUUCCAUAUGGAAUUGAUGAUGGCGAGGUUACAAAGGAGACUAUGAUCACCGGCCGGGGCAGCGUGGACGCCAAGGGUAGCGUUGCUGCUCAAAUCACUGCAGUUGAGGACCUCGUCGAGCAUGGAAAGAUCGAUCCCCACAAGCUUGUCCUGCUGUUCGUUGUUGGCGAGGAGGUCAAGGGCGACGGUAUGCGCCGUUUCAGCGAAGCGAUUGAGACCAAGGAGCUUCCAUACAGCCUGGACGCUGUUAUUUUCGGAGAACCUACGGAGCUCAAGCUUGCUUGUGGACACAAGGGUAUGUUGGGCUGCGACGUUACCACAAAAGGUUUCCCUGGCCACAGUGGUUACCCAUGGCUCGGCAAGUCAGCCAACGAGCUCAUGAUUCGAGCAUUCGCUAAAGUCCUCGACACCGACCUUGGUAGCAGUGAGCUGUUUGGUAACACCACUGUUAACAUUGGUCGAUUCCAUGGUGGUGUGGCGUCCAAUGUCAUUCCUGAGGAGGCCAAGGUUGGACUGGCUGUGCGAGUUGCGAGCGGAAAGCAGGCUGAUGGACAUGUUGUUGUUCAUGACAAGAUCCAGGCCAUCUUUGACGAGGUUGACAAGGACGCUUUCACUUUCGACUGCACCCACGGGUACGGACCUGUGGAAGCAAACUGCGAUGUCGAUGGUAUAGCGUCGCUAACAUGUUCAGGUUUUGAGAAAAUCACCGUCAACUACGGAACUGACAUUCCCAACCUCAAGGGUGACCACACGAGGUACCUGUACGGCCCGGGAAAUAUUCUUGUUGCACAUGGCGCGAGGGAGAACUUGACUGUUGCUGAUCUUGAAACUGCCGUUGAAGGAUACCAAAAGCUGAUUCUUCAUGCGUUGAAGCAAUAA